UUGUGGUGUCGCCUUUCACGGGCUAGACCAUCAGCUGUAAACAUUUUGAGCUAGUCAUUAUCCAAAGAGAUCACACAAGAAACGCGCCACGCACUUCGCCGAACAUGUCUUAUGGAAAACCCCAAGCUUCAUGGACUUGUGAGGAUGAUGCUGUUGAGCCUUUUUCUUGCUCAGAAGAAAACUCCCCGACCCCUUCUUCAAUCAGCGGGGAUGGGGACUUAGAGAAUGUCAGCAGCCCCAUCGCUCAACAAGGUAGGCGCAAGCUGAAGAGGCGAAGAAAGCGCAUGCUAACAGGAGUCAGCCGGCAGCGGCGCGCUGCGAAUGAACGAGAACGCCGAAGAAUUCAAGGUGUAAAUCAAGCAUUCAUCGACUUGAAAAACGUACUUCCUUUGGCUCACUCUGUGGAUAUUUCAAAGAUUGACAUCUUAAGAGUGGCGACGAAGUGGAUAGACCACCUGAGUAAGUUACUAGAUCAGGAUCAAAGGAUAAACUCGGAACCAAAAUUUGCUGUCCAGCCGCAGUUGUAUGAUUUUCUUGGAGAAGAUUUUUCGAUCAACGUUCACGAGCUCGAAGACGAUUGCUUUCUUCAAGGACAAGGUAAGUUACUUUGCGUUUGUUUAUUUUUUUGCAUUCUUAUCAGCUCAGCGCAAGAGCCGAGUCGCUAUCUUUUACAGCUCUAAGAGCGAAAAUGCCUGGCUUAUUGUUAUCAUAGAAUUUCAGCAAACUGUUAAUCAUAGCCUUGUGUACCUUAUUUCUUUUGAUGCUUAAAUACCAGCGAGUUAAAUUUUCAACUGUUUCUCCGCAUGUUUCCAAGGUGCCGCGUAAAAUCAAUCACGCUGUUUAAAAAGACAACAACGCAGAAAUCUUGCCUUUCAUUGACUUUUCAACAAGGCAGGAUCGAUUUACCUCUAAACCUGGCUAUUGCAUUCCUAUUUCCCGCUUUUGACCCAAGACCUUAUAUGGAAAGGAAGCACUUUUAUUUCAAAUAUCAAAUUCUUACACUGAAGUCAACAGAGCACCUUUUUAUGAAAAAUUCUUUAGUACAUUCUUUUCUGCGAAAUUCACCGAGUCCAUCCAAGAAACCGUGUGGUAUAAUCUCUACAGCCAAGAGAGGGAUUCUAUUUCGGACAAUGUAUCCCUGCGGUCUUCGAUUAUUUGUUGUAGGCCAUGUUACUCCAGACAGGUCUUAGGAUUUUUUGAAAGACAAAAAAAAAGGACUGAAAGAGCUAUGAAGUACCAUAAAUACAUGGGCCUUGAAGCUAAUUAUAGCGUACUUCUCACCCGCACAUAGCUGACACUUCUGACGGAGGUUAUAUCUAAAAACUCCCGCCGUUUAAUUCUGAAAGAUAUUUGAAAUCGUAUCGAAGUUUAUGAGGAUUGAAGUAAUUCGCAAAGGAUAGGCUCGAUACAAAUUGCCUCCGUAUAUUUAAUGUGUGACCUGUUUCCAUGUUUAUCAACCAGCUGAGGUUUAUUUCCUCUCCAAAUACAUCAAAAGCGCCGACCAUUUAAACAUGUCAGACAACUGAUAUGACGUUUGUGUGUUUACGUUAUUCCGUUAGAGAAAGCGCUCGGCUUUAUGGCAAUUACUUAGAAAAAGAUUGGUCGGGAAAUAAAGUUCACUGUUGUGUUGGCUAGCGUUAUUUAAUUAUCUCGCAGGUUGGAAAAUGAACCUAAUCCGUCAGCUUACUUUAUUCUAGAGAAUUCGAGGGCCUGUUACCCAUGUUUUCUGCCAAAGUUUUGAAAUAUUUCUGCUAUUUUAGAAAAUAGUUUUGCUCGCACUUUCCAUAAUUUCUUCAUAGUUUAAAAUAGGUAUCUUAAAGCUCAGAUAAAUCAGUUAUCUCCAAAGAUUAUUUGCAUUAAGAAAUUACUGUGAAAAGUAAGCCCAAUUGUUUGACAGCCCAACCAUUUUACUGAAUAAACUCUAUCAUUCAUAAAGGGCACAUAUGAAUAAACCAUUUGAUAUUUCUAAAUUCCGUGAACAAACUGGAGGGAAUUUUAUUAAAAUUCUUUUAUGAUCUACUUCUCAGAUACCAACUUAAUUACGCUUUAUCGAUCCCCAACCGUUCCAAUGUCGAUUUGAUGUGAACACCAUAAAAAUCCAAUAAAAAAAUGAUUUAUGCUAGACUAAACAUGAAUGGCAAACAGAGAGAAAUAAAGCAAGGGACAUUUUUCAUAUCCGGUGUUACUUUCCUUCUCUAAUGAUCUUAAGGAGAAGAAAAAUGCGGUUAAGACACCACGUUUUAGGCUAAGAUUCCUUCUUAUCUUAGUUUGGGUUACAAAUAAUGGUUGUCGUCUAUCAGUUUGGGCCAGUGUGUUCUUAAAGUUAAGGUUAAAGUCAUUGAUAAGAUCUUUCUUGUUAAAUGCUUUGUCAAUAAUGACUUUCGAUAUUACCAAGUGUGACAGUUUUAAAAUCACCAAAGGCAAUUAACUCCUCUUCUCAAAAAUCACUCGCAAAUCUUUUUAGAAGCGUCAGUAGUCUUUCUGAAACAUAUUGAAAAAAAUGGAUCAGAAAUGAUAUGGUAUUGUUUAUGAUCCAGUUUGAUCACAACAAGCCACUCGAUCCAUCUGAGACAGAUCUUAAACGAGUCAUUCGAUUUUCGCAUGUUGUCAGAAUUGGUCACCCCGGAGAUGAGGGCGCGACCACAACCCUGGCUUGCUUAUCUGUUGGUAACCGAUUGACAAUCCGCUUGGCUCCUGGCUCGACAGAGGUGUCGAAAAUAUUCAAAAAUAAAAAUGUCCUAUCCUGGCCUAUUUUGAAAGCCUGCUCUGCUUAUCAUUUGGUGCAGAUUCAUUAUGCUAAUGAAACAUUAUCCAAAAAUAGACAUACAAUGCCAUCACGACUCGACUUCACAUGCAAUAAGAAGUGUGUGUGCCAUAUCUUAGGAUUAUGCGCUCUCGUUAUUACGUUAUCUACUUUUACUGGCCUUUAUGAGAUAACUUUAGAGAAUUUCACCAUAUCUGACUUCAAGGAUAAUGGCUCACAGCGUUUUUAGCCAGAGAAAAUGCACUUAUAACUAAUAUAAUCAACUGGAUGUUAAAAUUAACAUUAAAUGUCGAGGAUGCCAAAGGUAGUAAUCUACCUACGAUAAUUUAUUUGGUUCCAAAGCCUUGUCGUUUUUUUGUUUAAGUUAAGUGGGCGGUGCCGUAAUGAAAACGUCGCAUACGAAAGAUUGUACUUUUUAAACACAUAACGGCGCAGACAAAUGACAGAGCCCUGAUAAUGGGCGUCGACCUUCUUACCGUUAUCUACUGAUCCCUACAGGUAAUAUUGGCACUUGUCCACAGCUAUACUUUCAGCAUAUCUCGGCAGUACUCCUCUUGUGAUCAUUUGCACAUCGUCUUUCCAAACUUAUAUAGAUUUGAAAAAGUGGACAGUCUCAAGUUAUAACAAGCUUCCUUACAAGGGUGGCAUAUUGACGUCAAGAGUGCAACUAAAGGAGGAAGGUCUUAAAUUACAUGUGAUCCCCGUUGAUGUUAAAGCGAUAACAAUGCUUAUGCUAAAACAGCGUCACAUCCCCAGACACUUGUGCACACCACAAUCACCUCCCUCAUACUACAAUUAAAAAAAAAUGCAGAUUUUCACAAAACCGUCGAAAGGUACAUCAACCGAUUCAACAGACCUCUCCUUGGUCUACAGUUCCAGGUUGAUAUGAAUAAUGACGCAAUUUUGUAUAUAUUUAAGACUCAGUGUAUCUUAUAAAUCCUUAAUAAUCUCACUAAAACAGGAAAUGGAAACACCCUGGUGUGUGGAUAAACUUUUCAUUUUGUUUUCGUCAGGGAUUAUCCCUCAAUCCCUUAAUCGAGUCUUAAAAAUAAUUGCUUGAACUAUGGCCAAUGAAGGAUUUCUUCUCUUACACAAACACUUGAAGCCUGCUUUACAUUUCUGGUUAAAAACCGAGAGAACCUGACCGGAAAGUGAAAGGACCGGAAGUGUAUAUGCAAAACAAGCAAAAUGUAAGGCCACUCACUAGUCAAGUACUGCUCAGGUCUGAUAGGCUUCUAUUGCACCAGAUUGAAACUCAACAAAUCGUUAAUAACGCGAACUAAAAAAAAAACUCUGCCACUUACGUGUUUCUUUUCAUUUUCUUUUCCUUGUAGACAUAUGGUCAGACAGCUCCAACCUGGAAGGACUCAGCGACUUCUGCAUUCACACCGAGGAGCCUUUUCUGAAAACUCUCCUCCGCAGUAGUUUUAAUGAUACGGACAGUUUCACUCAACCACUGUUGGAACUUACGGACCAACUGUAACUGUAUGAAUUCAUAGAGGACCAGCCCAACGUAUAGCAUGGACGUUUUCCGGGAGUUUUUCCUGUGGAUCGCCACUUUGUUUCUUAGGAAUAAAAUUUGGUGCGUAAGGUCACUAGAACAACGGCUGGGAAAAAAUUCGUGAGACAAGGAAAAAAUACAUGUACACGCAGAUUUUCUGCCUGGUCGGGAUAUCUAACGAGGAGAUACACGAUAGAUGUUUGGCAGAUGAAUAUUUCAAGAGAUAUUUUGAGUGAGUCCCAGCACGAACCGACAUUUGUUCUGCAAAAAUUUAAAUCCGCUAAAUUUUCAUGCUACGCGUUACGUUUAAAUACCUAUGUCAUUUUUAGUUUCAUAGCGAUACUCCUGUAUUUGAGGGAAACCUUAAAUUAAUAGUUAGCUGUCGAAAACAAUCUCCAAGAAACGUAAGAAGAGACUGUAAAGUAACCAAGAUGACUACAUGUCAUCAACACAGACCGCAAAUUAUUACGAAUAAUGACAUUUUUAACAUGUACAAAUAGCUCUUCAUGUCCAUUAGAAAACAAUACCAAGAAUGAAAAUAUUUGUAGAUAUGUAACAAACAUAUGAUCAAUAAUUAAAAGAGAAACUAGGCGUAUAGUGUAGUCAGUGAAGUCGGCUCUUUUAAAGCAGUCGCGAUAAACUCUAUUUAGUUUGUAUCAAACCCUAAAUGUUUCGUGUAGGAACUAAGACAACCUAAAAGUACUACAUCACUAUAUGACAGAUACGACAUACUUCUAAAAGCUAAAUGAUAAAUAAUGAAUGAAUGAAAAAUAAUAAAUAUAGAUGACCGAC